AUCGUACGGUACUUGUAGCGUUUCCGUCGGGGUUUAUCCCGUUAAGCUUCCUGUUCGGUAUGAUAGGGAGCUUCGCAUGUGAGGAUUUUCACAUAGGCAGGGCCCUGCGUUCCUCAUAGGACACGAACACCUCCCAUCGACAGUUCAUUUACCUGUAGACAACGUUUCUUUCUAUCAAUUGGGUUUGGUUUCAUGUCUUUCUUCUACUCGAGCACAGCACAGUCAAUCUUCUGCAGCGUAACCCGCGAUACUAGGAGGUCAGGUCGCGGGUCGAUAGCCCCAAGCGUGGCCCCGCCGAACUCACCAUCCAACUGCUUGUGCAGUACGAGUAGUGGUAGGCCAAAGGAAAUCAUCUUGCCACUUCCACACCGGUAGUCUAUCCUGUGGAUCCCAAAUCUCAAAUCGUUCUAGGACAGACCACCUUAGCCCGCCGGACGACAAAGUUGACUGUCACAGACCGUCCAAGUGAUCAAGGUAUGAUAUCAUACCACUUUUUUUUGAAGGGUUUUCCCUUCCGGUUUGUUUAAUCAUUGUUUCAUGAGGUGAGGUUCAGCCCGGCCGUGGCUGGAGUGUCACGUGGUGACACCUGAUUCGGCCCCUCAGAGUUACGGCUGAUUAAGCAAGAGUGACAUUCUGCAGGAACCCAGACGCGAACAGCAGACGCGAACCGUCACGACCGUCUCUCCGAGAUUGGUCAUUUUUUUCAAUUUACCAACAACUCUCCCUCUCAUCAAUUUAAUCAAGCAGCUACUCUAAAAAUGUCAGACAUCGAUGAAAUGGAGCUCGAUGAGGAGCAUGCCCCCGCCAAGGAUGUUAACUUUUCGAGUGAACAGAAAGGGAAAAAACUUAGCAAGGCCAAUCUGCCAGUAAGUGCUGGGGAUACACUCCCUUGGUUUGUUGUCACCAUCUCUUGCACAUAUAAUGGAGGUUUCUUUUUCGCAUUCCGCGCUAAUCCAUACAAUUGUUUAGGGUGGAGAAGUACCGACCAGACACCCUCAAUGAUGUUUCCGGACAUGAAGACAUUCUCACUACGAGUAAGCUUGCCCUCACCGCCUAAGGCUGAUGGAUUUUGCUAAGUGUCCCUUGCCAGUUAAUAAGUUUGUUCAGACAAAUGUGCAGUUGCACCUCUCCGAGUCGUUUUUACUUCAUUGUGCUAAUGCGUUCCAGCGACUUCCCCAUCUGCUCUUCUACGGGCCGCCAGGAACCGGCAAAACUUCUACUAUUCUUGCGUUGGCACGGCAUAUUUACGGGGCUCGCAAUAUCCGCCAACAGGUUCUCGAGCUGAAUGCUUCGGAUGAUAGAGGCAUCGAGGUUGUCCGCGAACAAAUCAAAACAUUCGCAUCGACGAAACAGAUCUUCGGGGCUUCCACCAAGACGGAUGGUCGGCUCGGAAGUUUCAAAUUGAUUAUCCUAGAUGAAGCCGAUGCGAUGACCAGCGCCGCGCAGAAUGCACUAAGGAGAAUUAUGGAAAAGUAACGUGUUCCUAUCAUUCCUCACUUGUGUUCCCACCAACGAUUGGAGCUUUGAACCUGCAAACUGACAUCACCACCAUGCUCCAUGUAGGUACACUGCAAAUACCCGGUUCUGCAUAAUUGCAAACUAUACACACAAGCUGAACGCUGCGCUCCUGUCUCGCUGCACUCGUUUUCGAUUCUCUCCUCUUCCGAUAGAUGCUCUUCGCAGAAGAGUUGAACACGUCAUCGACACUGAAAAAGUGAAAAUCACGCCCUCCGCUAUAGAUGCUCUUCUUCAGCUCUCCCGCGGAGAUAUGAGACGCUCGUUGAAUGUUCUGCAGGCAUGCCACGCUUCAUCUACCCCAUUAGACGCCGAGGGCCACCCAGAUCCUUCUGCGGAGCGGGAAGAUAUCACCGAGACCCAUAUCUACGACUGUAUAGCUGCGCCACACCCUGAAGAUAUACAAAUCAUCCUCAAGACUCUACUCAGCAGUGAUAUCACGACUAGCCUAAGAACGAUUAUAGACAUUAAGACCAAGAAAGGUCUGGCGUUAGCCGACUUACUUUCGAGUUUGUCAGAUGAGUUGGAAAGAUUAGAAGUCCCAAAACAAACAAGGAUUCUCUGGAUGGAAGGUCUGGCUGAGGUCGAAUGGAGGGUUGGAAGUGGUGGGAGUGAAGGGAUCCAGACUGGUGCAUUGGCUGGGGCAGUCAGAAAUGGAGUAGCGGUCAUGAAAAAUGGUAGGCUGGAUUUGAACCCAUCUGAGCACCUGGUAAAUUAGUUUCAGAAGGUCUAACGUUUGAUACAUUCAGGUAAAUGAUUGGUACGAUUGGUGAAUAAAUUUACGGGCGUUGGGGCUGGCUCUAAUUUUUUCGUUGGCUGGUUUUGCACAUUACACUUUGAUUCCACUCGCUGGCUGCUAUAGAGCUUUGCGGUAUAUCCGCCCUGUACUGUGUAUUGAUAUCAACCUGUUGCAGGUGGCUAGCAUCAAUAUACCACCUGAAAUACUGCACGCGCACACAUGUGGCUUUGUCUGCGAAGAUCCCAUACCCUCCCGCGCCGUUAUACUGGCUCUCUCUCCCGAUCACUCGGUAAAACAAACUGCGACAAUGUCCCUAGAUCCAUAUCCCAAACAAUUAUCCAAAUACAGCGUUCGUAACUGGCCAGACUGGACCAGGGGGACUAGAGACUGUCUACACCAGACUAGACCAUCCGGAGAGGAGGCUGUGGACAGGCAGUCUAGGCAAGCAAAAUGGUCGUACUGGACGGACUGACCUGCCCCAUAGGUUACCUAGAUCGCCUCAAAAAAUAUGUAUGUAUUUCACAUAGGCCAAUAUUCUGUUGAUAAAACAAACUGUAUCAGAA